ACAGUCAGGCAUCGGCGUUCAAAUGCGUAAUACGUAUUUCAAACAAUAUUUCUUUUCUUUAAUUUCAGUUGAUUUAAUUUGAGACUUGAAGAUUUUUGAAGGAUUAAUAUGAGUUUUUCUCUGGGAAUUAAAAAUCCCGCUUGGGAUUUGAGCAAGAGUGCAUUUCCCGAGUUAGACAGUUUGCCACUGAUGCAGAACCCUGGACCAGUGCUCAUGAUAUUGGCCGGUUAUCUGUUGUUGGUAUUAAAAAUAGGACCAGCAUUCAUGAGAAAGAGGGAAGCAUACAAACUGACGGGUGUUUUAGCAUUCUAUAAUGCUUUCCAAGUUCUAUUGUCCGUCUAUUUAUUUCUAAAGUAUUUCUUUGCGCUAGUGGAAUUCGGAUUAGUACCUAAGACAUGUUAUAUGGCACAAGAAAGCGCGCGUAAAAAGAUACUUCUUUAUAUAUGGUUGUACUUCGCUGCGAAGUUGUCUGAGCUUCUGGACACAGUGUUCUUCGUUCUACGCAAGAAAGACAAGCAAGUGACCUUCCUCCACCUGUACCACCACUCGAUCAUGAUGAUCGGCACCUGGUUAAUCCUCAAGUACUCGCCGUCACAAACGCUGAUAUUCAUCGGCGCUACCAACUCGUUGGUGCACGUGGUCAUGUAUACCUAUUACGGAUUGGCAGUUUUUGGUCCUAAAUUUGAAAAAUAUUUGAAAUGGAAGAAGUACAUCACCACAAUGCAACUUGUCCAGUUUGUAUCCAUUAUAUUUCAGUACCUGUUGAGCGUGAAGUAUUGCGACUGCCCUCCAUCUAAAGGACUUGUAACAUGCAUCGCUCUCAAUACCAUGUUUUUCUUCGUGCUUUUCCUCAAUUUUUAUAGAAAAAGCUACAAGAAAAGCAAACCAAAUGACAAGGCGAAUACUCAAAACGUGAUUACAGAAGAACUAAAAGGAGAACAUGAAAAAGUGAAUUAGACAAUUUUUUAGACAAAUAGACAUGUCCCAUCAUAACCAAUAAUGCGGCAGCGAAAUAUUCCUUUGAAGAAGCUAAACAAAGCAAUAUACUUUCGUUGUUAGAAUAAAUUUAAUACACUCACUAAAAAGCAAUUUAUGAAAAUUGUACAGUUGCACAUAGAAAUCUGUUCAUGUCAUUCCAAUGUUUCUUUACGUUCAGUUGCUGCUACACUAUGCUUAUUAGUAAAGUUUUAACUGUGUAUAUCUUUUAUAACCUUUAUCAUUUUUGAUAAUUAGUUCAAUUCCGAAAAUUUCGCCUAGUCCAAGUUAAUUUAUCGUAGGUAAUACCUAAUAGGUGCAGUAGAACAUCUAUUUACGCAGAAGUUUGACUUUUAAAAGGCGUGGAAUUUUGUUUUUGUUGCUCCGCGUGCAAUCUUUCAUGUGAUGCCCGCAGCAUAGUGAGAAGAGUCUUGUUUCGAGGGAUAUGAUGAAAUUUCGCCCCUUUACUUAACUCUUUCCUCUGUCAACCAUUAACCGAUCAAUAUGGUUCGUGAUCAUCACAUCAACGUUGCGAUUGAUGAAUAUCAAAUUAUCUGGAUCCAUUUCAAUCUGACAUCAAUCAACCCAAUACAGAAUCAAGCUGACACUAAUAUGAUCAAGACGACGAAUUGAUUUGUAAUGGCGCGAUAUCACAGUACCAUUCGUGGUGUUAAUAAAUUUGGAAUUAUACAUAGUUUAUUAAAAUUAUCGCUGUAAAGGGCAUUCGUUUAUAAAUAUUGUGGUUGAUAUGUUUUUCAUUGUUAAAGUUAUCGCACAUCUGAGCCGAAAUAAAGGAAUCAAAGAAUUCUCUGUAUUCAUACAUUUAUGAACCAUCGCGCAUUAUAUGCGCAGUAUCUCAGAAUUCUGAUAUCACCUGUCGCUAAUUUAUAGGGUGUAAAGAAAAUUCGUUUCGAUGUGCGAUCACCAUAAUUAGGCGGUUGUGGUAUCGUCGCUGUUUGUAGAUUCUACUUGCCAAAUUAUAGCUUUAUAAUAAAUUAUGAAAGUUAUGUUUUUAUUGUACAAAUGUAAGAUUUUAAUGUUUAAUAUUUGAAUUCAGUAAAUAGGUAUUGUAAUAUAGGCUAUAAUAUAGGCUCUUAUGGCUCCGAGGGUAUAGUAUGUCAUCUUUAUUUAUAAUCUAAUUAAAUAAAAGUUGGAGUAUCUUAUAAUUGCCACAUUUUGAAUUCGGUAAAGUUUGUCUAAUAGGCUCUUUAUUUGCAACGAUAAUAUCUUUCAAUUUUAUUUCAAAUUCAAAUUUAUUUGUCCAAGUUAAUUUCUUUAUUACUAAAUAUUUGAAUUAAUUUGAUGUAUUUUAAGCAAGGCCCUUCUAUGUUCCAAUGUUUUUCCAAUUCCAAUUCCAAUUUACAAUUAUAAUUUGCAAUCAUAUUGAUUGUACGAUACUCUAUAUUUUUCUCUUUAUUAUUAUGUUAUUACAUUU